UCCAACGGAUCUGAAGGAUUGCCCGACUGAAAAAGCUUCUUCAGCCCGGUAGUGCGCUUUGAAUUGCUCCGAUUGCUUGGGCCGCCGUAAGGCGAAGGCCUGAAGUAAUGCGAACUCUGAUCCGGAUGGCAAGCAUCUUUUCCCGCAUUCAACCUCACCGUAUUCCGCAGUUUAGCCGGCGAUUUUUGAACGUCGCAGCCGCUUCAUUGAAGGAUACCUCACAGCUGUUCAACCAAUGUAAUGAGUUGAUGAUAUGGCUAAGGAGAAAAACUGGCCUUGAGAUAUCAUCAGUGUUAGCUAUUGGAACUUCUUCUUAUGGCAGGUCAUUAUUUGCCUCAAAACCCAUAGAAGAUGGAGACUGUAUACUAAAGAUUCCAUAUACCCAUCUCACACCUGAUAAAAUUCUCCCAGAAGUUGAAUCUCUUAUUGUUGAUGAUGUUGGAACAAUAUCUCGUCUUGCUGUGGUUCUUUUAGCUGAGCAGAAACUAGGAAAGAAUUCUGACUGGUUUCCUUACCUCAAUAAUCUCCCUCAUGCUGUUAAUAUGCAUAACACGAUUUUUUGGGCCCCAGAGGAAUUGAAUAUGAUUCAGCAAAGCUCAAUAUAUCAUGAAACUGUCAACUUGAAGUCUUCCUUAGCAAGGGAAUUUUCAGCUCUAAAGCCUGUUUUACAACAUUUUCCUUCAAUAUUUGGAGACAUCAGAUUGGAUGAUUUCAUGCAUGCAUAUACGUUGGUUAUAUCUCGAGCAUGGGGAACCUCUAACUGCAUUUCCUUGGUUCCAUUUGCCGAUUUUCUUAAUCAUGACGGGGCUUCAGAGGCAGUUUUGCUCAAUGAUGAUGGUAAAGAGAUUUCAGAGGUCAUUGCGGAUCGAAAUUAUUCUGUUGGUGAAGAGGUUCUGAUAAGAUACGGGAAGUUUUCAAAUUCUACACUUAUGUUGGAUUACGGAUUUACACUUCCACAUAAUAUUAAUGAUCAGGUCCAAAUCUUCAUGGAUGUGCCAUUAUAUGACCCUCUAUACAAAAUGAAGAUGGAGCUUCUUCAUAAGCAUCUUAAACUACCAAUUGCAGAAGAGAAUUGUUUCAGCUCUUCUGGGUGUUCUUUUAUAAUGAAAGAAGUGAAAAGUUCAGAUAGAAAAGGGAAAGGCAUUCCACCAGCGCUUCGUGCUUUUGCUAGGAUCUUAACAGUUUCGACAUGCGAAGAAUUAACUUCUUUGGCUACUGAGGCAUCUCAAAGUGAUGGAAGAUUAGCCCGACGCCCUUUAAAGAACACGAGUAAUGAAAUCCAAGCUCACUGCAUCUUGCUUUCAAAAUUCGAAGACAUGAUAAAAUGUCGCGAUGCAGUAAUAAAGGUGCUUGAAUCAUCAAAUGUCCCUUAUUGCGGCACUCAGCUUUCUGUUAGAAGACAAAUGGCAAUUGAUUUGCUCAAAGGUGAGAUCAGAGUAUUACAAUCUGCCUCUUCCUGGAUUGCCAACUACUGUAAGAGAAUUUCAGCUUGCUUUCAAAAUCACAGCAUUAACGAGCCGUCUCUAUUUUCCUAAUGACUUAUAAAACUGUGAUGGUUGGAAUCCAUUCUUGCUACUGUCAACUUCAAUUUUUCAUGUCAUUAGCUCCAAUGAUGCCACUUUCAAUUGUUGAUCAAAAUCCUGCAAUGAAGGUGUUAUAUUAGACCUUUCCUUGUUCUUCUUUCAUGAAGAAAAAUUGUUGUAGGAGUAUGAACUA